AAAAAAACCGUCUUUUUUUUUUCUUUUUUCUUUUUUUCCCUUUCCUGCUCCCACUUCCCACCAAAAGCAGGGAAAGAAUUUCAAAGAGAUCUCACGAAUCCGAAUGGCUCGAAGCUAAUCAAAAUCCCAACAGAUAAAACGAUAAAGGGCCCAAUUACGUGACAAGAAAACGUCACUUGCUAUAGAAGUUGGGGAGAACACACGGAGGUUGAGUUUCAAGGCCAUGGGGUCUCGCUUACAGAUUCAAGGGGACGAGUCAGUUCUUUUACGCAUUACACAUUCCAACCUCAAGAGCUUCUCUACUGAUGUUCGCUUUUCUCUUCAGUUGACAGUCAAAGCCGUGAAGGAAAAGAUGUGGAAAAAAUGUGGUACUUCUGUUAAUUCAAUGGGACUUGAGCUAUAUGAUGACAUGGGUGCCAAAAUUUCAGAAUUAAGUGAUAACUCGAGGCCUCUUGGUUUUUAUUCUCCACAGGACGGGUAUCGAUUGCAUGUUAUUGAUUUCGAUCCAUCAUCAGUUACCUCUGGCGGCUGGCUAGAAGACACGUCACUUGUAGAGAAAUACAAAAUAUCUGAAGAAGCCUACGAUAAACUUGAUGGAGAAUUUGGGAGCCUUUGCGAAACAUCUACCAAGUUUCUGCUUUAGCUGUGGUGUUUUUGAUAUGUGUAUGUGGUGAACCGUCAAGAAUCCUGGCUGCAAAUGCUGUAGGUUUGAUAUCUGUUUUUGUCGUCACGGGUCUAUUUUUGUCUUGCUUGUUACUUGGUUUUGAGGAGCAUUUAGGAAAAAUUUUGCAGCCCCUAAUAGUGAAAUAUUUGGCUUCAAGCUGCAAUCUUUCUUCUUGUUAAUACGGACCAGCAUCUACGCAUACAUUGUUGCUGCUGCCCUCUCAACAGCCUCAUUCCAUUUAUGUCAU